GGUCGUGAUGGAAACGGGGAGGGCGGAGCGGGAGCAGCAGUGGCGCCGCCGCCGCCAUCAUGCCGCUGCUCUACAACGGUGACAGGUUACACGUCCCCACGUCGACCAAGGAGUUUUUCCGGCAUUACCCGCACCUGAAGGAAGGUGCUCAUUCACUGAAAUCCAAGCCAGCGUGUAAGGUAGAUCCCAAAGGUCUGUUAUAUGUUCAGCAAAGGGAAUUUGCAGCAACAAGCCCUCGGGAGGAUGGUUCAGUCACUGUAAUUGGAUCAGAUGAUGCAACUACGUGCCACCUGGUUGUACUGCGACACACAGGGAAUGGAGCCACAUGUCUGGGACACUGUGAUGGGUCAGAUACAGCAAAUGAGGUGGCCAUGAUGAUAACUGCUAUGAAGUCCUUGUCAGCUGGGUGUGAUCAUGGAAGAUUUGAGCUUCACCUUGUUGGAGGUUUCAUUGACCAGAGGUGGCUGUCACACAGGCUCACUCUCCAGCUUCUCGAAACGUUCAACAAUCAGUCAGAGAACAUUCAUUUGAUCACCUGCUGUGUGACAGAACUCAAUGACGUAGUGAAGAAACUGCAUCACUGUCCGGCGAUUUAUGGAAUUGCUGUAGAUGUGAAAACUGGUGAGAUUUUUCACGCAACUUUCCCAGAAAAGGGUCCGGAUGAGGAUAUUCGCUCAGCUCGUUCUUUCAUGGGGGGUCCUAUGUUGUCGAUUUAUGAUGCAAAAAUGCAGCAGAUGCAGAUUGGACCUUAUGAAUGGACACACUUUCCAGAUGCUGAGUUCUGGUUGCAGCAGUCUGAUGCUGUAAUAUUACAGAAUAUGUCGACAUCGCCACUUGUUGAACCUCCGCAUUUUGUUAAACACAUAAAAUCUACACUGCAGUUUCUAAACGAUCAUCCAGUACCAGAUGAUUCUUUAUUUCCAAACGGUAGAUCCAGAAUAUACAAGAAAAAUGCACAAGGUUUAUGGGAGAGAAUUGAUGGUCUGGCCUAAGCUUAAUUUUUUUAAACAUUGCAGUGUCACUCACACCAGUGCUUUAGCUGCUUCCUCACUUGUGGUACUUAAAAAAAAAUGCAGCAAGUUGUGUUUGUUAUAUAGAAAAACAAACUCCACCAAAUGAUUUUAUACAUAAAAGGAAUCCCGGAAAAGAAGGAUUCUUUGGACAAAAACACAUUUUGGGCAUUUUUAAGAUUUUGCUGUGGGUAACUUUAAUGAUUGUAAUAAAUGUAUAUAGUCCCAAAUCUAUGCAAUGUAAAGUGUAUUGCAUAAUUAUACAGUUCUUAAUGGAAUAAAAUUACCUGGUUUGGUCUGAUGCCAUAACAUUUUGUGGGUUACAGUUUGAAAAAUUAUCUGAAAUUCUAUUCAUACUGGCUAUGAAAAAAUCAGAAUGUUGAAUAAUUUAUAGAAAGUAUUAAAUGUGGUAAGACUGAUGUGAAGUAUCUUGGUGUUUUAUAAUGAAUGUGAAAUGUGUUCUAUUACUUUCUUUUAUAAAAUAAUGCUGUUUUGAAUAAA